AUGUCCUUCACAGAUUCCUCGCUUGUAAUCGGCAUUGAUGUCGGGGGCACCAACACCGACGCGGUGCUCCUCGACACCAAGCAGACCGGCUCAGAAGCGAUUGUCUCCUGGCACAAGACUCUGACAGAAGCCAAUGUCACUCUCGGACUGCAGAAGACGUUACAUGGCCUCCUCCAGAAAGCGCCAGGCAACGAACGGAAAAUCGCAGCGGUGACCCUCGGCACGACGCAUUUCCUGAACGCCAUCCUGGAGCACGAUGCCUCGCGUCUGGAGAAAGUAGCCGUGAUCCGUCUGGCGAGUUACGAGUUUACGAGCCAAACGCCCUCGUUCGUGGACUGGCCACCCGUCCUGCGGGGGUUGAUGCAGGGCCAUAUCGCCAUCGUUCCUGGCGGGGUUAAUAUCGACGGAAGCCUGAUUAUGGAUCUCGACGAGGCAUCCCUGGUCGAACAGGCGGAGAUAAUCCGAUCGAAGAAGUUGGAGAAUGUGGUCAUUGUCGGGGUUGGAUCGCCCAUGGAUACGGAAUUCGGACAGGAGUCCCAGGCGCGUCGGAUCUUGCGAGAACUGCUAGGGGAGGAUGUUAACAUCAUCUGUUCCCACGAGAUUGCCGGCAGUGGAAUCCUGUUCCGGGAGAAUGCGUCUAUCCUAAAUGCGUCCAUCGUCAACUUUGCCAGGCGGACUCUCCGAGGAUUCAGACGUGCCCUGGCUGAUCUGGGUCUCAAGUGUCCGCUGUAUCUGACGUCAAAUACGGGCCACCUUCUUUCUUUCACCGAUGCGAUCCAGUUCCCCAUCCGUGUGUUUUCAUCGGGUCCGACAAACUCCCUCCGCGGUGCGGCCUACCUGGCUGGACAGUUUAUGGGGAACGAAGGCGCCGUGGUGGUGGAUAUCGGGGGAACUACCAGCGAUGUGGGAUUUCUCCUACGCAACGGGUACCCGCGAUUGACGUCUUCUUAUAUCGAGAUCGCCGGAGUAAAAGUCAACCUUGAAGCGCUGCAGGUAGACAGUGCUGCGCUGGGCGGAGGCUCCAAAGUACACGUCAGCGAGGAUGAGAGCAAAGUCUCAGUCGGUCCGGACAGUGUUGGCUAUGAGAUCACGACGAAGGCGCUGUGCUUCGGUGGUUCUGUACCAACCGCGACAGACGUGGCUGUUGCGACAGACCGAGCAGUCAUUGGGACGACUGUACCGAAUCUGGCACCAGGGACUACUGAGAAAGCAACUGCACGGAUCAAGGCAAUCUUGGAAGGUCUGAUUGACCGGGUGAAGACGUCCGCUGAUCCUUGUACCGUCAUCCUCGUCGGCGGAGGAGCGCCGAUUUGUCCUGCCCAGCUUGAAGGGGUUCGCCAGGUCAUCCGUCCGGAGUAUGCCGCUGUCGCCAAUGCUGUCGGAGCCGCCAUUGCUCGCAUCAGCGGCCGGGCAGAGCGGAUGGCGGACCUCGCUUCGGUGGAAGCAGUGAAGGCCCAGGUCAAAGCGGAGGCACUGGCCGAUGCGCAGUCGCGCGGAGGCGAUAUCUCGCAGGCAAUGAUCACGAAGGAAGAGGUCACUGGUGUCCCAUAUACGCCCAACUCCAAGAAUGUGUCCGUUGAGGUUGCUUGUCCGGCGGAUCAUGCGAGGUUCCUUUCUACUUUCGAAAAUGAAAAGCCAGAGCAUGCACAUGCAGAGGAGGAGACAUGUAAGGAUGAAGCCAAUGCCGUUGACGAGAGAGAGGCAGUAUUGCGUGAAGGAGAGAAGUCGACCGUCGACAUCGCCAGUUAUCGUCCAACUGUGGACAGCUCCGGCCGGUGGUUCUUAUCCAAGACGGACCUGGAAUUCCUAGCACUGGGUUGCUACAUCCUAGGCUGCGGCGGCGGAGGCUCGCCAUACGGAACAUAUCUACAGCUCGUCAACCUGGUGGAGGAAGGACAGGCGCCUGUGAUCGUGAAUUCUACAUUUCUCGAAGCGAACGCAGUUCUUGCCCCGGUGGCCGGAGUGGGAUCUCCAGCAGUUGCCAACGAACGACCAGGAGGCAAUCUUGUUCUACACUCAUUGCAGGCGAUGGAGAAGGAGAUUGGGAAGCCAUACGAGGGCAUCUUCGCGGUGGAGAUCGGGGGCAGCAAUGGUCUUCAACCGCUGAUUUGGGGUUCUCCUAAAUACUACAACAUCCCGUGUGUCGACGGGGAUUUGAUGGGACGAGCAUAUCCUAAUUUUGAAAAGAUGACGAGCUUCAUCAAAACAACAGACGUGAACGAUCUCCUCCCCGUUGCCCUCUCCAGUGGGACGGGGCGUAAUGUGAUCAUCCCGGCAAAUCAACCGGAUUUGCAGACGGUAGAAGCCAAGAUCCGGGAUGCCUGUGUAGAAAUGGGGUCCGCAGCCGGCGCAACCGGACGCGUUCUCCAGAUGGAAGAAGUGCGUGACUUUGGGAUCCUAAACUCGCAUUCCCUGGCGUGGCGACUUGGACGCACGAUCGCACUAGCCCGACAACAGGGCCGUCUGUUUAAUGUGCCGCAGGACGUCAUACAGGAAUUCGGUGGCGAGGGCAGCGCGCGAGUGAUCUGUCGGGGCAAAAUCGUCAGCGUUGAGCACAACCUGACGGCAACGGCACACACGACGGGCAAAGUGGUACUGCAACAAUUAUCGCCGGACGACAGUGAGACGGAUGUGGGGCCAGCCGACAGCGUCCCACAGAUCGUGGUCGAGUUCGUCAAUGAGAACCUACGCGUGAAGGCUGUUUCGGCGGAGGGAUCCGAGGAGUGUCUUGCCAUUGUUCCGGACCUGAUUUUCUUGCUGGAUAUUUCCACCGGCGAAGCAAUCGGCACGCCUGAAUACCGAUAUGGCCUCAAGGUCAUCGUGAUGGCGGCCGGCCCACACCCCCUGUGGACGACGGAACGAGGCCUGGAAAUCGGAGGCCCUGCUGGCUUUGGGAUGCCGGAUCGUUAUCCAUCGACGCUGAAAUAUACGAGGCCGCGGAGUGUGAUUGAGGAGUUCCGGCAGGUUGAUUAA